ACACCUUCCUGCACAUCCAAAAGAAAAACAGAGAACAGAGAGAGAGAGAGAGAGCACCCCUUCACCUUCCACGAGUUCUCUGUAUCGGAGGAAACAAGAAAGGAAUAGCAUUAGUACGUAUUGAACUGAACUGAACUGAUAAGAGUACUAAUUUCAAGAGGGAGAGAGAGAGAGGGAGAGGGAGAAGAUGCAUUUGAGCGAGAACGAGGGGAUAGAGAGAAAGACGUUCGUGGUGAGUGGAGGGUUGGGUUGUGUUGGGUCUGCUCUAUGCCUUGAGCUGUUAAGAAGGGGUGCACACCAGGUUCGGGUGUUGGACCUUCGAACCACCUCACCCUGGUCCACCCAUCUCCUCAACAACGGCGUCCACUUAAUACCAGGAGAUGUCAGUUGCAAACAAGAUGUCCAAAAAGCGUUACGUGGGGCAGAUUGUGUUUUUCACCUUGCUUCCUAUGGCAUGUCCGGAAAGGAAAUGCUCCAAUAUGGCCGUAUUGAUGAGGUGAAUGUAAAUGGAACGUGCCAUGUCUUGGAUUCAUGUGCUGAGCUAGGGAUCAAGAGGCUUGUUUACGUGAGCACGUGCAAUGUCGUCUUUGGGGGAGAAGAGAUUGUCAAUGGCAAUGAAAGCUUGCCCUACUUCCCUCUAGACGAUCAUGUUGAUCCAUACAGCCGCAGCAAAUGUGUUGCUGAACAGUUGGUUCUAAAGAGCAAUGGGAGGCCUUUCAAGAAGAAGAAUGGACAUCUAUAUACCUGUGCAAUUCGUCCAGCUGCUAUUUAUGGACCAGGUGAAGAGAGACACCUACCCCGCAUCGUAAAUCUUGCGAAGUUAGGUCUGCUUCCAUUCAAAAUUGGUGAAGAAAGAGUGAAGAUAGAUUGGGUUUACAUAGACAACCUUGUGUUGGCCCUAAUAUUGGCUAGCAUGGGACUCUUGGAUGACAUUCCCCAGAGAGAAGGACGUCCAAUAGCUGCUGGUCAACCAUACUUCAUAUCAGACGGUUCUCCAGUUAACAGUUUUGAGUUCCUCUGUCCCCUACUCCAGAGCCUUGAAUAUGACAUGCCAAAGAUGUCCUUAACUGUCCCUCAUGCCCUCAUUCUCGGAAAGAUAUUUUCGGUAAUGUACACUAUCUUAUAUCCAUGGUUGAACCGAUGGUGGCUUCCUCAACCAUUGAUACUUCCUGCUGAAGUGUAUCAGGUUGGUGUUACUCAUUAUUUCUCCAUCCUAAAAGCAAAGGCGGAGCUUGGUUAUGUCCCUAUGGUGAGUCCUCGAGAGGGCAUGGCUGCGACCAUAUCAUACUGGCAAGAGAGGAAAACAAGAAGCUUGGAUGGUCCUACAAUAUAUCCAUGGCUGUUCAGUAUAAUUGGAAUGACUGCACUAUUUGUUGCUGCAUAUGGGCCAGAUUUUGGACCUGUGUCGCUGAUUAGAGGUUUCCAUCUCUUCUUCUUCCGGUCUCUGUGGGUAUUAAGAAUGGUUUUCGUUGUUUCUACAGCACUUCAUAUUGGCGAGGCUAUCUAUGCGUGGCACUUGGCAAAAAAGGUGGAUCCUUCAAAUUUGAAAGGGUGGUUUUGGCAAACUCUUGCUCUUGGGAUAUUUUCAUUACGGUUCUUGUUGAAGAGAGCCAAGAAGAGUAAGAACAUAUGAUGAUGUAAUCCUGUUCUGCAUAACUUGAUGCUAACAGUUUCGUCCUCGGCAAUAAGCUUGAAUACAGUUUAAUUCA